UUCUUCCUUAAACAGAAUGGGCACGAUACCAGUUUGUAGUCCAAAUGGCGUCCUCCGUAAUCUUCUUUUGCCGGAUGCACCUCUUUCCGGCCUGGGUUCCUUUCAGUCGAAAUCCCGAUCCCUAGCUUCCUACCGGCGGCGGUGGAAGAUGAGUGGAACUAUAUUCUCUUCGAAGCCGUUGUCGGCUGAGCUCUCCGCCGCCGAGCAGGAGUGGCUGAAAAAGCUCCCGGAUAAGAAGAAGCCGCUUUACUCACACAGCCUCCCCUGCAUCGAGGCCUGGCUUAAGAAGUUAGGUUUUAAUCAGAGCACAACUGACCGUGCUACGUGGUUCAUCGAGAGGCCUGAUUGGCACGCACAGCUCUCGCUUGACGUAACGGAUCUCUACAUUAGCUCUAGGUCAACAACAAUGUAGGCAUGCAUUGUCGGAAUAAAAAUAAAAAAUUGGGUCGAAUUUAUCAUACGUGAAGUGUUGCGUCUACCUUUUGGGGAUGCAGGAGGUGUAUUUAUAGAUCAGAAGUUCAUUAUCUUUUUCAUAUAUUAAAUGCCCCACUUGUUUGACCAGGAACUAGGAGGCGGUUUGAUUGUAAGAUUUAACCAAGUUCUAGCAGGGAUUUAGCUGAAUCUGUCCUAAUGAUUUUCUUGAAUCACGUAAAUUUUACUACAUUUGUAUUUCUCAUUUUCCACCCGAUUAAUAUC